GAAUGUACAUUCCAAGGAGCAGUGCUGUUGCACCGUGCGAUUGUUGGAAAAUUGGUGCAGAAUGCUGAUUUAAGAGCGAGGUUAUUGGACACGGAGCAUGCGCUUCUUGCGGGAACUUAUGAUCGAGAGAGACAGUAUCUUUGCGAUUGGUUGUGGUAA